GGAGUGACAGUCCCUAUAGAAUCGAUGACAGAAUACAGGCUUGUGGUUGUGGGUACUGGAGGCGUGGGAAAGAGUGCCCUGACCAUCCAGCUGAUCCAGAACUAUUUUGUGGAUGAGUAUGUUCCCACCAUAGAGGACUUCUAUCGGAAACAGGUGGUCAUUGAUGGGGAGGCAUGUCUGCUGGACAUCUUAGACACAGCAGGUUGGGAGGAAUGUGCUACCCUGCGGGACCAAUGCAUGCACACAGGGGAGGGUUUCCUCUGUGUGUUUGCCAUCAACAACACCAAGUCCUUUGAAGACAUCCAUCAGUACAGAGAGCAGAUCAAGCGAAUAAAGGACUCAGAUGAUGUGCCAAUGGUGCUGGUGGGGAACAAGUGUGACCUGGAUGCUCAUACUGUUGAGUCUCAGCAGGCCCAGGACCUUGCCCACAGCUAUGGCAUCCCCUACAUUGAAACAUCAGCCAAGACCCGGCAGGGUGUGGAGGAGGCCUUCUACACACUCGUCCGUGAGAUUCGGCAGCACAAACUGCAGAAGCUGAACCCUCCCAAUGAGAGUAACCCUGACUGCGCUAACUGCAAGUGUGUGCUGUCCUGA